GAGCAAGGGAGGGCUUGGCAGGCAGAGGCUGCUCCACGUGGGAACCUGAGGGAGUCUGUCCUCAGCCCACCUCCUGGGACAUUUCCUAGCCAAGCCAGGGAGCUUUCAGGAUUGGAGACCUGGAAAUCUCCAAGGCCAUUUCCUUUUUUAUUUUUUUCUAACAGAGGUUGUGCAAAGUGGUCUGAGAGUUGGGAGCAGAAUGUGAUGCCAAGAGGGGGCAGAGCUGGCAGAUGGAAGCCAAAGGUGUGUGGGGAAGUGCCUUGGAGGGGAGGAAACUUCACUCGGUGCCUCCUCACUUCCCUGUGAUUCCCAGCAAGACAGCAGGGGAGGCGGGCUUGUGGCCUGGGGGUCUGAGAGGGCUCUUGCUUUUGGGGAGUAGAGUUUUGGUGAACUAAGCCCCUCCAUUAAGCUGAAGGAUACUGAGGGGGCCACUGAGGAGUUGGGGGAAGGACUGGGAGCAGCAUGUGGGAAGAGAGAGCAAGAAAGAAAGAAAUGAGGGGGUGGCUGUCGUAGUGGGGGAAGCUGACAUGGCCAAGAGAUGGCAGAGUCUGAGGUUUACCACUAAAGAGCUCUUGGCUACUUGUUGUGUGACUCUGGAUGAGUUGCUAAUAAUAAAAUCCACCACCACACAGGCUUAUUGUGAAGACUAAAUGAGAUAAAGUUUAUGAAGCCCCUAGCACAGUGCCAGACACAGCAAGAAAGCUGUUUGUAAAGAGAGGUUGUGCAAAGUGUUUUGAGAGUUGCGAGCAGAGUGUGAUGCCAGGAGGGGGCAGAGCUGGCAGAUGGAAGCCAAAGCCACAGGCAGCUGUGGCCUGGCUGCCCACCUCCUUCCUUCCCAGCCGGGAGCACUGCUGCAGCACCGAGUGGAGAGCCCCACAGCCAGCAGCCCUUCGGGGGGCCAUGGUAAUGGGGAUAUGAAGGAAGAACCAGCUGCACAAUUAGGUUGUUGCCAUAGGCCCAUGGCCCUGGGAGGUACAGGGGGCUCCCUGUCCCCCAGCCUGGACUUCCAGCUCUUCCGAGGUGACCAGGUCUUCUCAGCCUGCAGACCACUUCCAGACAUGGUGGAUGCUCAUGGCCCAUCCUGUGCCAGCUGGCUGUGUCCCUUGCCCCUGGCACCGGGCAGGUCUGCACUGCUGGCCUGCCUACAGGACUUGGACCUGAACCUGUGCACCCCACAGCCAGCACCCGUGGGCACAGACCUGCGGGGCCUCCAAGAGGACGCCUUGAGCAUGAAGCACGAGCCACCAGGGCUGCACGCCAGCUCCACCAAUGACAAGAAACUCACAGUCAAGUACCCACGGAACAAGGACAAGCUGGGAAAACAGCCAGAAAGAGCUGGCGAGGGGGCCCCCUGCCCAGCCUUCUCCCCUCAUAACAGCUCUUCCCCACCACCGCUGCAGAACAGAAAGAGCCCCAGCCCCUUGGCUUUCUGCCCCUGUCCCCCUGCCAACUCCAUCUCCAAGGAGCUCCCAUUUCUCCUCCACACCUUCUACCCUGGAUACCCACUUCUCCUGCCUCCACCCCACCUGUUCACCUAUGGGGCCCUACCUUCUGACCAAUGUCCCCACCUCCUCAUGCUGCCCCAAGACACCACCUACCCCACCAUGGCUAUGCCUAGCCUGCUGAUGAUGGUCAAUGAGCCGGGGCACCCCAGCGCUCGGUGGGAGACCCUGCUUCCCUACCCAGGGGACUUCCAAGCCUCUGGCCAAGCCCUGCCUUCCCAGGCCCGAAAUCCAGGUGCUGGAGCUGCCCCAACCAACUCCCCAGGCCUGAAGCGUGGUGGCAUGGCAUCUCCAGCAAAGCGGGUCCCACUGAGUUCCCAGACAGGCACUGCAGCCUUGCCUUACCCGCUGAAAAAGAAGAAUGGCAAAAUCUUGUACGAGUGCAACAUAUGUGGCAAGAGCUUUGGGCAGCUCUCCAAUCUCAAGGUCCACCUGCGUGUGCACAGUGGAGAGCGUCCAUUCCAGUGUGCCUUGUGCCAGAAGAGCUUCACCCAACUUGCCCACCUGCAGAAGCACCACCUGGUGCACACUGGGGAGCGGCCCCACAAGUGCUCGGUGUGCCACAAACGCUUCAGCAGCUCCAGUAACCUCAAGACCCACCUGCGCCUGCACUCGGGGGCCCGGCCCUUCCAGUGCAGCGUCUGCCGGAGUCGCUUCACCCAGCACAUCCACCUGAAGCUGCACCAUCGGCUGCACGCCCCACAGCCCUGUGGCCUGGUGCACACCCAGCUGCCCCUGACCUCUCUGGCCUGCCUUGCCCAGUGGCACCAGGGGGCACUAGAUCUUAUGGCGGUGGCAUCUGAGAAACACAUGGGCUGUGACAUAGAUGAGGUCAAAGUGUCCUCGACAUCCCAGGGGAAAGCAAGAGCAGUGAGCCUGAGCAGUGCCGGGACUCCCCUGGGGAUGGGGCAGGGCCAGAACAAUUAAAAAUAUUUCUUCUCUCAUGCA